AUGCCGCCGCGAAGCGUUAGGGAGGAAUAUCCUCGCUCCUCAGGACCUGGAUCGUCGUCAUCCACAGAUUUGACUGAGAGUCUGCGCCAGCUCACCCAGUUGACCCAUACCAUAGGAGCUGCUGUACUCAGUGGGAAUAACGGUGGCAGUGAUGUGUCCAGAAAGAUCACGGGACGCAAUCCACCGUGUUUCUUGGGUCAGGAGGAUCCGGAAGUUCUUGAGAGUUGGAUCCGCACGUUUGAUAAGUUGUUUGACGUGGUAGGAUGCCCAGAUGACCAGCGAGUAGAGGCUGCUAUGUACUAUCUACAGGGAGAGGCUGAUCACUGGUGGGUCAUGGAAGGACCGGCUGUCCAGGCAAGAGAAGGGUUUGACUGGGGGAUGUUCAAGAUGGAGUAUCAUGCCCGCUUUGUGGCACUGUCUCGAUUUGCUCUUACCUUGGUACCUGAUGAGGCGAGUAGGGCUCGCAAGUUCAUUCGAGGAUUGCGCUAUGAUGCUCAGAAAUCCUUCUCAGCGGCGAGAUAUGCUACAUUGAAUGAAGCUUAUGAGGCAGCUGCUGGUUACUCCAGGAUCCAACAGUUGCACCGAGAUGCCAUGCAAGGGAUGAAGAAAAAGAAUGAAGGGAUAAAAUCACAAACAAGAAAGGGACACAGGUUCAAUCCGACGAACAGGCUUGACCAUAGAGGUGGGGAAAGGAAGAACAUGAAUAUGAGAUAG